AUGACAGCACCACAACUUUCACAAUUUCGAAAAAAACCAUCAAAAGUGUCCGAAGUUACCCCGUUUCACGAGUGCAAGCAGCUCAUUCGGUCAAAGGAAAAAGAAUACACUGACCUCCUCUUGAAAUAUCAACAAUUAGAAAAUGAACUAAAAAAUGCUUUUACUAACCGAACAACUUUAAAAGUUGAACUUAACAAAAUAGAAGAAGAAUGUAAGAAACAAGAAGCCCGAUAUGAACUUCUACGGGCAAAAGCAUCUAUGAACAAAGGAGCAGUGAAACGAAUCUUAGAAGAGCAGGCGUUACUAAUUGAAAAGAGUAUAAAAAAACUACAUAUAAAAAUUGAAGCUCUAAAUAUCGAAAUUGCGGCUCAAGAGCUAAAAUUGAAGAACAAAGUUGAAGCCAACAGGAAAAUUCGAGAACUGUUACACUAA